AUGUCGGGGCUCGCAUGUCGGGACUCGCAUGUCAGGGCUCGCAUGUCGGGGCUCGCAUGUCAGGACUCGCAUGUCAGGACUCGCAUGUCAGGACUCGCAUGUCAGGGCUCGCAUGUCAGGACUCGCAUGUCGGGGCUCGCAUGUCGGGGCUCGCAUGUCGGGGCUCGCAUGUCGGGACUCGCAUGUCGGGACUCGCAUGUCGGGACUCGCAUGUCGGGGCUCGCAUGUCGGGACUCGCAUGUCAGGGCUCGCAUGUCAGGACUCGCAUGUCAGGACUCGCAUGUCAGGGCUCGCAUGUCAGGACUCGCAUGUCAGGGCUUGCAUGUCAGGACUUGCAUGUCAGGACUCGCAUGUCAGGGCUCGCAUGUCAGGGCUCGCAUGUCAGGACUCGCAUGUCAGGACUCGCAUGUCAGGGCUCGCAUGUCAGGGCUCGCAUGUCAGGGCUCGCAUGUCAGGACUCGCAUGUCAGGACUCGCAUGUCAGGACUCGCAUGUCGGGGCUCGCAUGUCGGGGCUCGCAUGUCGGGACUCGCAUGUCAGGGCUCGCAUGUCGGGGCUUGCAUGUCAGGACUCGCAUGUCAGGACUCGCAUGUCAGGGCUCGCAUGUCAGGACUCGCAUGUCGGGGCUCGCAUGUCGGGGCUCGCAUGUCGGGGCUCGCAUGUCGGGACUCGCAUGUCGGGACUCGCAUGUCAGGGCUCGCAUGUCAGGACUCGCAUGUCGGGACUCGCAUGUCGGGACUCGCAUGUCAGGGCUCGCAUGUCAGGACUCGCAUGUCAGGACUCGCAUGUCGGGACUCGCAUGUCGGGGCUCGCAUGUCGGGGCUCGCAUGUCGGGACUCGCAUGUCAGGGCUCGCAUGUCAGGACUCGCAUGUCGGGACUCGCAUGUCGGGGCUCGCAUGUCAGGGCUCGCAUGUCAGGACUCACAUGUCAGGGCUCGCAUGUCAGGGCUCGCAUGUCAGGACUCGCAUGUCAGGGCUCGCAUGUCAGGACUCGCAUGUCAGGACUCGCAUGUCAGGACUCGCAUGUCAGGACUCGCAUGUCAGGACUCGCAUGUCAGGAGGCAGCUUGUUCCAGAGUCUGGGUCCAGCGACUGAGAAGGUCCCCUAG